AUGUCCAAGAUGAACGACGCACGCGAUACUUCAAACCGAGACACGAGCCACGUAGACGAAAGUGCCGACGGCGUACUAGAGUUUUGCCAUGGUUAUACGAAGACAGCGAUGAACCUCGACGUAAAGGGCUGUGGCUGGCGACUGUAUCUCCUUCUCUCGCGACACUUCCAGUGGAAGAACGGGGAUGUGAGUGGCGAAUCGCGAUACGACGACGACCAGAAUGUAGCAACACUCAGCUUCGAGUUGCUAAUCACCCGCAGAUCCGUCCCUAGCUCCAGUGUAGCCAACCGUACGGAUGUCCCCGAGCUCAUUGUCGUGGUCGAAGCCUCUCCGAAUGGCUGUGGCAUACGCAGUCUCCAAACGCUGUACAGAGUCAUACCGAGCGAAUCUCCAUCAGGGCGGUUGAACAUCACCGCGAACACCUCUCCUGGGUAUAAGCUGGACCAUCCGUGGAAGUUGGGCUUCGAUUUUGAUAUGAGUCGCGAUCGUAUCGAGCCAGACAAGAAGUACGGCACUUGUGUGAUUUUCAGUCAGGAAGAGCCUUCCGAAGGGGCGAAAAGCGGGUGGGGCGAGGGUGCACCUGAAGCCGUGUUGCUGGGAGACGGAGAUCUGGAGGUGGACGACUUCGCUGAUCUUGGUGAUGAGAAGGCCAUAUCGUACUCGUACAACAACGUUUCUCUUUGGAGGCUUGCCGCAGUUGGAUAUCGGAAAUGA